ACCAGCUCAUUAACACUCAGUGUCUUCUACUCAGAUACAGUAGGACUGUAGAUCCAGUUGAAACAGACUGACUGUGUGACACUUGAGACCGAUGUCAGGACUGAUUUCCUCCUCACUGCUAAGGUGCUGUGCUCACAGUCUCCGAUCUGUGGAUGGACUCAAACACAGCAAGACAUGGAAAUCAUGCAACACAAGUGUGCUCCAUUGGUGUCGUGCCCGGUCACUCCAUGUGGACAGUCCACCUCACAAACCCUCUCUGACCACAAGCUAUGUCCAUGGCACCUCCACCUUCCCUCUGAUCCCCCUGACUGUGGGCCAGAGCCUGGACAACACGGUGCAGCGCUGGCCUGACCGUGAAGCCGUGGUCUUCCUGCAUGAUGGCAUCCGGAAAACUUUUGCACAGUUUCAGCAAGAUGUUGACAAGGUGGCUGCAGGUCUCCUUGCUCUGGGGCUGAAGCGAGGUGACCGACUGGGGGUUUGGGGACCCAACAUAUAUGAAUGGAUCCUUUUCCAAUUUGCUUCGGCCAAGGCUGGAAUUAUACUGGUGUCAUUGAACCCAGCCUAUCAGGUGAAGGAAGUGGAGUUUACUUUGAAUAAGGUCCAGUGUAAAGCAGUGGUCUGCCCUACCCACUUUAAAACCCAGAAGUUCUGCGAGAUGCUGAGAGAGAUCUGCCCAGAGAUCGAUCUGACACCAGCUGGCACGGUCAAAAGCUCCAGGGUGCCAGACUUGCGUAUGGUGAUUGUGACAGAUAGCAGACAGCCAGGGAUGCUCCACGUAGAGGAUGUGAUGCAAGCAGGGGAGAGUCGGCACCACAAAGAGCUGAUGGAUCUACAGAGCAAGCUGUCCUUCGAUGAUCCCAUCAACAUUCAGUUCACAUCAGGUACUACUGGGAGUCCAAAGGGAGCCACUCUUUCCCAUCACAAUAUUGUAAAUAAUGCCUACUUUAUGGGUCUCAGAAUGGGUUAUACAUCAAUACCUCAGGUGCGAGUGUGUGUGCCUGUACCCAUGUACCACUGCUUUGGCUCUGUACUUGGAGGGAUGAGUAUGGCAAUGCAUGGUAUCAAACUCGUCUUCCCUUCCCCUGGCUACAGCAGCCUUGCCAAUUUAGAGGCCAUUCAGAGUGAAAAGUGUAAUAUCGUCUAUGGCACUCCCACAAUGUUCACUGACUUGCUUAGCCAACCAGAGUUACACAAGUAUGACUUGUCAUCAAUUGAAGCUGGGAUCAUGGCAGGUUCUCCAUGCCCCCCUGAGAUUGUGAGAAAACUGAGAACAGACUUGAACAUGAAAGAGAUAACGUUAGCUUAUGGAACCACUGAGAAUAGCCCCAUUACAUUUUUGGGAUUCCCACAAGACAACGAGGAGCUGAAGAUAAAUACUGUUGGUUGUAUCAUGAGCCACACUGAGGCUAAAGUGGUGGACCCCAGUACUGGGGAGAUAGUCCCUCUAGGCGCAUCAGGUGAGCUGAUGAUCAGAGGCAGUUGUGUCAUGCACGGGUACUGGGCUGAUCCUGAGAAAACUGGAGAGGUUAUCUCCCAAGAUCGCUGGUACAGGACUGGUGACACAGCCAGCCUGAACAGUCUGGGAUACUGCCGUAUUGAAGGACGCAUUAAGGACAUGAUCAUCCGUGGAGGGGAGAACAUUUACCCUGCUGAGAUAGAGCAAUUUCUCUAUACACAUCCUAAAGUGCAGGAGGUGCAGGUGGUUGGAGUGAAAGAUGAGAGGCUGGGCGAGCAGGUGUGUGCUUGCAUCAGGCUGAAGGAGGGCCACAUCUCCAGUACAGAGGAGAUUAGAGCGUUCUGCAAAGGCCAGAUUUCUCACUUCAAAAUCCCACACUAUGUGAUCUUUGUAGACAGCUACCCCCUGACUGUCUCUGGAAAGAUCAAGAAGAACAUUUUAAAACAGGAUAUGGAGAAGAAACUGGGUCUUUAAUUUGUGGGCUGAUGGACAUGGAGGCUGUCAUUUCAGUUCAUAUUGCUGCGACCCUCCACCCAUUUCACCUCCAGUCUCUAUAUCUAGUACCAGGUCAAGCUCAUCAGAGUCCACUCCUCAUCACAUCCAGAUCUCCAGCAUUCUCUUCUUCUGAUCACCACCACCACCAGUGUCUAGACCCCGGGUGGUUUCCUAUACUUUGCACAGCCUCACUCCAUUUUCAAAUAUGAUGACAUCAGGGCGGGGUCUACUCACCAAAGACUCUCACAUCUCUCACUUUUCCUUUCUUGUUUUCCACAUGGUAAUAAAAGUUUAUUCGUUAACUCAGAA